UUUUUAAAGGGUCCCUCCAAAUUCGACAGCUCUGACAGCCCCCCAUUUCUCCACACAAUUCUCAUUUCUCCGCACAAUCCCCUUUCCUUUCCUCCAUUCCCCCAUUUUCGCUAUCCACAACGUCCGCCUACUCUCCCAUUUUCGCACCAGUCAAGAUUGCUUAUUUCUUUUAUUAUACUUUAAAAAGAAUCUUGGGGAGGAAGUGUAUGAAUUUUGUUUUUUUUUGUUGUUGUUAACGGAUGUUGUUGGUCAAGAAUCUUGAAUUUGGUCAGAGCUUUGGGGUUUUCUUGGUUUUGAUAUUGUGUAGCUUAAGGGUUCUAAUCAGAUGCUGGAAGGCGUGGCGCAUCUCCCCGGCAGCCUCGAUGAUUCCCCUAUGUUUCGCCAACAGAUGCAAUCUAUGGAGGAAAAUGUUGAGGUAUUGAAGGAGAAAUGUCUAAAGUUUUGUAAAGCAUGCCGAAAAUACACAGAAGGGCUUGUGGAAGCAUAUGAUAGAGACGUUUCUUUCGCUAGUGCCCUUGAAAUAUUUGGAGGAGUGCAUGAUGAUCCAACUUCUGUGGUAUUUGGAGGUCCUGAUAUGGUGAAUUGUGCUAUAGCCUUGAGAGAGAUUGGAACAUACAAGGAAACUCUACAAUCACAGGUGGAGGAUGUUCUAAUUGAUAGGUUACAGCACUUCACCGUGGUUGAGCUUCCACAUGUAAAGGUUACAAAUCAUUUCGUUCAUUUUGAGAAAUGAUUUCUGAAUUGAUUUCUGGUCGAGAAACUGCUGAUGAAGGUACUUUGCAUAGAAUUUAGCAACUUCAUCACCUCCAUGCCCAUCAUAUACAACAAAGAGAAGUUGAGUUGUCCAGAUUUGGAUAGUCUGCAUGAGCAUCUUCCAUAGCUAUAUCCUAUCCUUGCAUUGUUGCCAAACCAGCGUGUGAUAUGCUCUGUUACAUGGGCUUCAUAAUUCAGAAGGAUGGUGAAUUAGAUGGAGAUGUAUGCCAUAGAAUCAGAGCUGGGUGGAUGAAAUGGAAAAGUGCAUCAAGAUAUCUAUGCGAUCGAGAUAUGUCGACUAGACUGAAAGUAUGCAGAACGGCGAUUUGUCUACAAGGUAAAGAACACUGCCGACAUGCUUUCGGUUGCUGAACAGUUGUGGGAAGGCGUCCUUACAAAUGACAAGAAGACAGUGUACCGUCUCAUUGUUGUUUAUGGAGUGGAUGUUAAUGCUAUUAACGGGCACUCAUCACCCGGUAAAGCAUUAACUCUAGCACUGUCAUUGAAGUUAGACAGCAAAUCUUCAUGUGCAUUUGACCAUCCACGACAAGGGAGUGAAGAUAAUAAGAUCCUUGAUGGAUGUUCCCUUAUUCACCUUGCGUGCCAGAUAGCUGACAUUGCCAUGGUGGAACUUCUCUUACAACACGGUGCAAAUAUAAAUGCUUGUGAUUCAAGGGGACAAACACCGCUCCAUCACAGUGUCAUCAGAGGCAGGGUCAUGAUUGCCAAGCUAUUACUUUCCAGGUACACCUUCGAAUCUUAUUAAUCUCAAUUUGAUUGGGCAGGACACCACUCAAUAAGAAAAAUGGUAUUGUGGUCUUGGGGAUGCCACUAAUUAACAGGAGGAUAAGUAUUUAUUGAUGAAUCGUUCUUAAGCUUACCCAAUACGCUUUGCGAUGAGAAUUGUAGGAGACGUUCACUGAAAAUCUAAUGUAAUAAAAUUGGAUACAGAAAUCGAUGAGACAACUUGUAAUUUUUACAUUUAAUUGUCUUUAAUCACAUCAUAUCUAGAUUUCUAGGAAGUUCUUUGAUAAAGGUGUUGGAGUACUAUAAUGCUACGUAUUAAGCUGGAACCAUUUUGGCGUAGAUAGAUAAUGACUUCAUUAUUCUGGAAGCUUCUAUGUUUAGGCGGGAACUUUCUCAUCAAGUUUUCUUUUGUUUUUAUAAUAUAAUAAUAGAUUAUUGCAUUUUAUAGUAUUAUGCACAUGUGAAUUUUUUAUGGGCAUGUUAUUAUAAAUUAAAACCAUACUUACAAACGUAUUGUUAUUGGUGUUAUAUUGUUGUUAUUAUUAUUAUUAUUAUUAUUAUUAUUAUUAUUAUUAUUAUUAUUAUAUUAUUAUUAUUAUUAUUAUAUUAUUAUUAUUAUUACAAGUAGUGACCAAAAAUCAUUAGUGACCGAAAACCCAUUAGUGAUUGUCACUCGUUGAUCACCAGGGCAAUGAUCAGCACCGGUCCCAAUGACCAACCUUGUCGCCUAUCACAGUGAAUUCUUGGUCACUGACCUCGCCACCCAUAGUGACUUGCCAGCUAGUGACCUUGCCACGCACAGUGACCUGCCCGUCAGUGACCUCGUUGGGCACCGUGCCACUGUUAUCACCGCCGGCUAGUGACAUGUUUUUUAUCGGCGGCCAAUUGCCCUGAUUGUGACCACCUCCCUGACCGUCGACGAAGCGGCUGCCGCCCCAGCGGCGGCCAGCGGUGCUCUACUGAUAAGCCCAUAAUCAUCCACAGAGUCCCUAGCCCCUCUGCGGACCUGAACCCCCCUUUCCAAACUCCAUAACCCAUCCCCUCUCCAGCGGUCCUGCAGCCUUCAACUAGUGCCUCCCUUGCUCCUGCACCAUACCCCAGACCCCACCCUCGCCAGUUCUCAUCGGUCACUGCUCCAACCCACUAUAUAUCCCGUUGCCAAUCACCUAGCCAGACCUCUCCAUUGAAGACGAUGACGAGUUUUGGCGAGGUGCUUGACAACGGCCAUGCCACCACUUAAAAUAUCAAUAUUCGGCCAAAAGAAGAAGAAAAUUAUAUCGGCGAUGGUUGAGGGUAGCAUCAGAGGGGACGCGAUGGCGAGACGGAGACAAUGGCAUACCUGGGCUACAUCGGACCAGUGGAGGUAGCGGGUUGCGACUGGUCACGGUGGUGCAGGGAGACACAGCGGUCCAGGAGCAGUCUCGCGCAAGAAGAAAAGGUGUGAGUGAGAUGUUGGUAGGCACUGGGCAUGGAUAGCUCGCUGAGUACGGUUAUUUUUAUAUCAAGGGUGUUUUGGUCUGUUUAGAUUUAAGAUGACUCUUUUUUGUCCAAUUUAAAAAAGAGACACAAACUAAAUUAGAAUGCACCUAGCCCCCCUCAACAGUGGCGGACCCACUAAGGGUCCCACGGGGUCCGGGGACCCCAUGGACCUACAAAAAAUACAUAUAUAUAUUUGUAUAUAUUUUACAUAAAAUUAAGUAAUCAAUGUAUUUAUACAAUUGAAACUGGUUUAGAACACAAAUAUGGAGCUAGAGCAACGGUUGGACGCCCAAUCUUGAGGCUCUAUAUGUGCGGGAGGUUGAGGGAUCGAUAAUUUUGAAAAUAAAAUUAUGGAACAACUUGGGACACCUAUUGUUAUCAUGCACUUCUAUACUCCAACUUUUAAUCUAAAUCUAAUUUUCUCAACCUAUGCCCAUUUUUUUUCAUAACAAAUACUAUUAUAAAGCCAGUAUGUAUCCCCAAAUUUGAGCUUAUCUAUUUUAUAAACUAACUUCAUCAUGAAACACGUAAUUUUUGAAUUCACGCAUUGAAUUUGUAAUAAUUAAAAUAUUAUGGAACAACUUGGGACACCUAUUGUUAUCAUGCACCUCUAUAGCCCAACUUUUGAUCUAAAUCUAAUUUUCUCAACUUAUAUCCAAUUUUUUUCAUAACAAAUACUAUUAUAAAGCCAGUAUGUAUCCCCAAAUUUGAGCUUAUCUGUUUUAUAAACUAAUUUCAUCAUGAAACACGUAAUUUUUGAAUUCACGCACUGAAUUAAAAUAAGCAAGUUAAAAUCAUUUUUUCGGCGAGAUGACUGAAGUUACCGUAAGAGCAUCAUCUUAGCCACUUUUUCAUAUGACUUUUUUUUCAUAUCUUAUAACAUACUAUCCUUCGUAUCACAUUAUUUACAACAUUGGAAUACAUUAUUCAUAUACUUUACUUUGACUACAUUUUAUUUAUUAAUAUAUGUGAAUUAUUUUUGAAAAAUAUUGUUAAAUCCGUCUCAUUAUUAAGUCUUAUUAUCUGAUUUUUAUUUUAUUUUUACUAAUACAGAAUUAAAUAUAAUGACGGUCAAAGUUGUGCGCUGGCAAACGUGAAAUGUUGACUGUUGCAACUAAAAAGAGACGGAGGAAGUAUAAUUUAAAUAUCAUUAUUUCCUAAUAUAGCAGUUUCAGUCGCCUGAGCCAUUAUCGCAUAGUUUGGCUUGAUGUGAUUUGAUCUAAGACUAAAAUCAGCUCAACAACAAAGUCCUUAAAGUUACACAAAUAAAUUGGUAAUUGUAUUAAAUUAAAAUAGAAACAAAGCUAAUGAAUAUAUUUUAAAUAAAAAUCCAAAUAAAAUAAUGCGAAGUAAUUGGAUUGAAAUUUUCAAAUGUAGGCUUUUUAAAUUUGAUUUCUCAUAUGCAUGCCCAUUAUUUUUAGUUGAUAGAGGACAUUAACUUUAUAAAAUUUUAGUGUCCGUUUAGUGACUCUGUUUUCGGCUUAUCAGACUUAUCAACCAACUUUUUAACCAAACAUGUAACUUUUGAUUUUACGCGCUGAAUUAUGUAAUAAUAAGAAAAAUAAGGUUGAAGUUACUUUUCAGGCUGUAUUGACUGCAGUUGUUGUAGAUGACCAUUUUAUCUAUUUUUCAUAUCAUUUCUUCUUUAUUUUAUUAAUAUAAUAUAUUUUAAAUAUAAUUUUUCAUAAUCAGCAGAAACAGUCGAUACAACCAAUUCAGUCAGAACUUUAUAAAUUUCAGCAGAAUCAGCCGAUUCAGCCGAUUUCAGUGUUACCAAACGGGCCCUAGUUGAUAGUAGACAUUUCUUUAAAAUUGUUGUAUACGUUAUGUUAACUACGAUAUGUUAUGCUAUUUUACUAUUUUACUUCUUCUUUUUAUUAAUUUUUUAUUAAUUAGUUACAUUACCGUAGGGACCCCGUGAUUCUGAGUUUCUGGGUCCGCCACUGCCCCUCAAUGUGUAUCUACUUGCCUUUCAAUUGGUAUCAGAAUAGGUCCAUAACGAAUGAGUUUAAACAAUCUAAGGAUCCUCUAUUUAUUUCUCCACUUAGAUACCAAUUACCCCAUGACUUUCUAAAUAUAUGAUCUUAUUAUUUGUUUCAUAAAUAAUGAACUAUGUAACUUCAAAAAGUAUUUCCAAACCUCCAUUUUUCAAUUCAGAUAAUUACUCUUAUUGGAUUUUUAGGAUGGAAAGCUACAUCCAGUCCACCAAUUAUGAUCUUUGGAUAUUUUUUCUUGAUGUCCCUUACCUUAUUGUUAAAUGUGUAAAUGAUGAGACAGUUCAAAAAACAAGAAGUGAUCAAACUGAGUUCAAUGAUGUGGAAAAGUAUACAUUUUUUUCCCUCAAUGCUAAAGCUUAGAAUACCUUACAUUGUGCACUUGGCCCUGCUGAAUUUUCAUGUGUAAGCCAAUGUAAGAGGGCAAAAAAUGGGGCGGUGGAAACAACACACUCAUAACUAAAGCAAAUCAAGAUUGCUCUUGGAGCCUCUGAAUCAAGCGUGAUGAAUCAAUUCAAGACAUGUCAAAGAGUUUCAAUGAUAUUAUCUUAUCCCUGAGCAAACUUGGGGAAACAUAUUCUCCUCAAGAGAAGAAAUGGCAGAGCAUAGUAGUCACCUUGACUUCUCUGUGCUCAACUAUGUCUACAUGAAACCUUUGGUCCUCUCUUCUAAAGCGAUCUGUAUUUGAAAAAGAUGAGAAACAAAGAGGAUCGUGGAGUGAAACCAAAUAGAACAUUGGCUCUGAAGCACAACACUGAACCUCACAGAGACAAUGAGGAAGACCAAAUGGGACAAAAUAAAUUCAAAUAAAGAUACGAGCAAAGACAAGAGAGGAAAGUCGAAUCAUCCAUCUUGCUUUGAGUUGGCGAGCAAGGACAAAGAAAAAUGAUGGUCCCCAAAAUAUAAAGAAUGAAAGACAAUGAGAAAAGGAAGAAAAAGAGAAAAAAAUAUUACAAGUUAUAAGAGAGAGUGAUCAUGCUAACGUCUCUUACUUCACCCAUGAUGAGGAGGAUGUAUGUUCCAAUUCUUCUUAUACACCUGAUUGUGAUUUUACAUUUUAAGAACUUAGAACGGCCUUUGCUGAUAUGCACAAUGACCUUUCUCGUGUCUUGAAAGAGGAGAAAGCUCUCAUGAAAUCUUUUAAAGCUUUACAAGGGAAAUUCGAGCAAAGAAAAGAUAA